GCGGGCGGUGCGGCCGCGGGGCUUUGGUUGUCGCCGCCCCUCCUGGCGAGGAGCAGCCGCACCGCGGGGCUUUGGUUGUCGCCGCCCCUCCUGGCGAGGAGCAGCCGCACCGCGGGGCUUUGGUUGUCGCCGCCCCUCCUGGCGAGGAGCAGCCGCACCGCGGGGCUUUGGUUGUCGCCGCCCCUCCUGGCGAGGAGCAGCGGCGCCGUUGGCCCGGCGGGCGGGGAGGGGCCUGCAGGGACUGCUGCCGGGGUGGCGGCAAGUGCGCCCGAGCGCGGGCUGCUUCGGGUCUCUCGGCAAGGUGGAGGCCUCGAAAGGAGGCGGGUGGUGCCAGUUGCCUCAGAGCCUGCACUUGCAUCAAGAGCCAUGUGGUCAGCUGAUGAAAUCGCUGGGCUAUGUUACCUGCAUUAUAGGACCAGACUUCCUAAGCAGGGGAAACCAGAUCCAAACAGAGAAUGGACUUCCCUGGCAGCUGUUGUCAAAGUGGAAUCUGCAGCCCAAAUAGAGGGUCUUGUUAGUCCAGGAAACUUGCAGGUAACUAAGGAAGUUGUUGCUAUGGGAACUGGAACAAAAUGUAUUGGCCAAAACAAAAUGCGAAAAACUGGAGACAUUCUGAAUGACAGCCAUGCUGAAAUUGUGGCCAAGAGGAGCUUCCAGAGGUAUCUUCUCCAUCAGUUGUGGCUUGCAGCUUCCCAUCAGCAGUGUAUCUUUAGUCCAGGAACUGAAACUGGGAAAUGGAAACUCAAACCAAAUGUCGUAUUUAUUUUCUUCUCCAGUCAUACCCCGUGUGGAGAUGCUUCUAUUUUUCCAAUCAGUGAACCGGAGAACCAGCUUUCUAAGCCGGUGACUGGAGGUCAUGCAGGUGGACAAUCAGCAGAAUGUAGGAGUAACCAUAAUCACUUGUGUCCAGAAGAUAAAAGGAAAUCAGGGAAAAUGGCAAGUAGUCAUAUACUCAAGAGAAUGAAAACUUAUGAUGGUGGUUGUUUUUCCAUAAUCACUGAAGACCUGGCUGUUCAGCAUGAAUCUGUGAAACGACAAGGCAACACAAGUCAAAAGAGCUGUGAACGUUCUGCAGACAUGCAAACAGCUAAUAAGGAGACUGGCUUAGUGAGACCAAAGUUAGUAGAUGUUCAUAGAACUGGAGCAAAAUGUAUACCUGGAGAGCUGGGUGAUGCCCGAACACCUGGGUUAGGGUACCACUCUGUGGGAUUAUUACGAGUGAAGCCAGGUCGAGGAGACAGAACAUGCUCUAUGUCCUGCAGUGAUAAACUGGCUCGCUGGAAUGUUUUAGGGUGUCAAGGAGCUCUUCUGAUGCAUUUUCUGCAGUAUCCAGUGUAUCUGUCAGCAGUUAUAGUGGGGAAGUGUCCAUAUAGCCAAGAAGCUAUGAGGAGAGCAGUUAUUGAAAGGUGUCAGCACAUCUCAUCUUUACCAGGUGGUUUUCUCACUCAGGAGGUUAAGCUGCUGCAAUCAGAUCUUCAAUUUGAACAUAGCCGUCAGGCAAUUCAGGAAGUUCAAACUAACAGCAAAACAAAACUUGUUCCUUGUAGCGCAGCUAUCAGUUGGAGUGCAGUCCCUGAGCAACCGCUGGAUGUGACCUCAGACGGCUUCCGCCAGGGAACAACAAAGAAGGGGAUUGGAAGCCAUCAGAGCAGAUCCAAGAUCUGUAAAGUGGAACUCUUCCAUCAAUUCCAAAAGCUGGUGACAAGUAUUUCACGAGAGGAUCUACCGGACACUCUACGGAUGAAGACUCUGAAAACCUACUGGGACUACAAGGAAGCUGCACUAAAUUAUCAAGAAGCCUGGAGAGUGCUGCGUAGCCAAGCUCUGCUGGGUUGGGUCAAGAAUGCCAAGGAAUACCUGCACUUCACAUGAGAAUCCAUGUGACUAUGUGAAUCCAGGAAUAAGCUCUGGUCCACAGCAGACACCUCUGCAGUUCAAGAGCCAGAAAAAGACGCCCUCUGGUUUAUGUGCUGUAAAGAGACGGGAGUGAAAAGGAAAGCAAUUUAGAGAAUACCUUAUUUUGGCUGAGUUGAAGCCCCCUUUUUAUUAAAAUAUAGAAAAGGAUCAUUGCUGACUCAAAAUUCUGAGCUGCAUGAAACAAUAUGCCUCCAAAAGAAAGGAAGCAGUGACGUGCUAUCCUUGUAUCUGAGGAUAUGAUCUACCAGCCAUAGUCAUUGCAGCGAAAGUAAUGUCAACUGAAAUUGAAGCAAUCCUGUGGAAAAUUUUAGUGCUGCUUUUUUCUUCCACCUCUCAUAAUGUUGUGGUUGUUUUUCUGUUGCUGGGACAACCCUAAUGUAUAGUAAGUAAGACUUUUAUAGCUCUUGGCUCUUCUUGUCUGGUGCCUGGAAGAAUUUUCUGUGUCCCCCCAGCCCCAUUGCUUCUAAUUGGAAAUACUAGUUCUGUUAAAGUGUCAUUUUCUUCUGGGAAUCCUUCACAUAUGCUGCUAUUUACUAAACAUAGCCACAGACACUGCCGCAGCAGAAGCAAAAGCACCGGGUACAAGUCUGUGUCGCAUAGUACUACUUAUUGGUAUCCUGUGCAUCUCAAUUUCAGGACUUUGCCAGAUAACCUUUCAACUGCUUUGCUUAUGUAGGCAGAAAAGAGAACUCCUGAAUUACUUGGUUCAAACUGGCCAAUCCUGUGUAAUUACACACAAACAUUUACCUAUUUUUCAGUGUUUCAAGCACUGUCCAUCUCCGUGCCCCUCUGUGGGAAGUGUCAAUUAAAAGCAGAAAUGCCUCA